AUGGGGAAUCUGCGGAAAGCCCUGGGGUACGGUGGCGGCGGAGGGUACGCGGAAUUCGAGGGGGAGAGUUCGGGAAUGGUGUUAAGUGGGGGAGAGGGGGUCGGAGGUCUGUAUGGUGAUUUCAGCUACGGGAAUGGCGGCGGGAAUGGCGGCGAGAAUGACGCACGGCCAGAGCAGCCGCAGCGGGAGCACAUGUGCUGGACGUCGUCGGGAGACUACUCCUCCCCCUCGCCCGCCGGAGUCACCAUUCACGGGCGCGGCUGCAGCACCUGCAUACGCGGGCAGCGCUGCUCGUUCCGCCUGUCCGUGCGCGCCCCCGCGCGGUGGGCGGAGGGGGUGCUGCAUGCGGGGAAGCGCGGGUGGUGGAAGCGCGACGUGACUGUUACCAUGCGCGGACCUGCCAUGGGCGCGGGGAACGUGCGUUGCCUUGACCCCCCGCGCUGCAGGGAGAUGAGAGUGACGUACCGCCUCUGGGAUGGAGGGGAAUACUUGGCCACUAUGCACAUAGGCUGUGCAAACCUGCGCUUCUCGCCGCUCUAUUAUCUGCACCUCAACAAGACAGCUCAACACGACCUCGUCUCCUGGCCCCUCACCGGUCGGUGGAGGAUGAGAAAAGGUCUGUACCGCUGGGAACCGUUCUUCUGCGCGGACAAGGAGUUGCCUGCUAGCAGCUGGAUUGCUGCUUUGGAGCAGAGGGGCAUUCGGGAGAUUAGCAUCGUGGGAGACUCGCACCAGCGGUAUUUCACAGCGCACUUGUACUAUCUGCUCAUGAGACGGGCAGAUUUGGGAGUGAAGAAAUGGCGAGAUAAUCUGUUUUAUUCGGCAAAGGACGGGGAGGGGAGGGAGCUGAAGAUUAACUUUUACUGGAUCGAUGGGAUCUACCGGAAUGGGGAGUUUGGAUGCAGUCAUCGUGGCGCCACAACCAAUCGGACGACUCAGUUCCCCAACAUCUCAUCCACUGCUGACGUCACCCUCUUUGAAGGAGGCUACUGGGGGGCGUCCUUUUGCCAGGAGCCUCUUAAAGCCCUCCGGGUGUACCUACGGGAGUUUGUGCGCUGGGGCAUUUCUGCCGUUGCGCCCGGAAAAGGCCGGGUGGUAUUCCGCACUAUCCCCUCGUUUGCGGUGAGGAGAGAAAAGGGGGGUGCGGGAGAGGGGAGGAGGGGGGAUAGAGUGGAGGGUGGAGGGGAGGGUAUGGCUUGGAAAGACCUGGACGAGAGCUUGCAACGUCUGCCUGGUGAAGAGGUGGAAGGAGGAUCUCAUGUGGGGCCUAUUCCCGACGACCACCACUACUCGAACGUGGUGGCAACUGAUGACGGGGAUGUGGUGGUGGGGGAGGUGGGGGAAGCGCAUGUGAGGGCCUUCAUUCACUAUCUUCUCUACACCCUCCCUCCACCUGCCAAGUGA